UGUGUAGUCACUGGGAGCUUGGCUAAUCAGUUCGUUCUUCUUCAAACCAUGAAUUUAUCAAAUUCUUAACCUUUUUUCUCCCAAACUACUUCCCAAAACUAACAAUAUUCAUUUUUAAUCUAAAAAGUAUCAAAUGAGCUUCUUUGAAAGCUAUAAUUUACGGGUUUAUGUGGUAAGAAUACUUCGAAAAACCCAACUGGACGUAGGUAUCCCAUUGGACUUAUGCGGCUAUGUCUCGCCAUGAAGGUGUCAGCUGUGACUCAUGUAAUAAGGGCAAUUUUAGAGGCAAACGCUUCAAAUGUUUAAUUUGCUAUGAUUAUGAUUUAUGUUCUACGUGUUAUGAAAACGGUGCAACUACUACAAGACAUACAGCCGAUCAUCCAAUGCAGUGCAUUCUAACUAGGGCAGAUUUUGAUCUAUAUUAUGGUGGGGAAGCAUUCACAGCAGACCAGCCACAGGCUUUUACUUGUCCAUAUUGCAGUAAAAUUGGUUUUACAGAAGCCUUGUUGCAGGAACAUGUAACAUCUGAACAUGCAGAUGCAUCUAUAGAAGUGGUGUGUCCUGUGUGUGCCGCACUUCCUGGUGGUGACCCUAAUCAUGUCACGGAUGAUUUUGCCGCACAUCUCACUUUGGAGCACAGGGCUCCAAGGGAUAUCGAUGAACCAGGUACUGGCAGACAAGUAAGGCGAAUGUUUCACCCUGGUCGAGGGGUAAGCGGGCCAAGACCUCCAAGACCCAGAACAGGGGCAAUGAAUUUUAGCAGUUCCAGUGGCAGUUCUCUUGGACCUACAAGUUCUUCUGCAACUUCUAGUUCUAGUUUUAGAGAAAGUAUGGAUCCUAUUGCUGAACUCCUGUCCCAGUUGUCAGGUGUGCGGCGAGCUGCGCAACAGGCACAACCGCCAGUACAGUCUCAGCUACAGUUAUUACAGCAGCAGCUACAAUUAGAAAGACAGCAGGUGCAACAGACAAGAGAAAGACUAGAAAGACUUCCUCAACGACGACAAGCUGCUGCUAGUAAUAAUCAGACUAGUAAUGUGACUUCAAGUCAAGAAAACAACAAUUCAUCUAAUUCUCAGUUUUUAUUAUCCAGGGCUAAUGAACCUGCACUGUCAGACAGCGAGCAGGAAGAACUUGAAGCAGAUAGGGCAGACCGUUCCCUUUUCGUUCAAGAUUUAAUUGUAUCAAGCCUUGGGUCUAUCACCCUUCAGAAAGAUUCCACAUCAAAACAUGAAAGAUUUGUGGAGGAAUUUUCACAGCUCUCACUGGAACAGCAAGCUGAGGGAGACAGAGGAGCAUCAGCUUGUGGUGGGGACAGCCUUUCAUAUCAUAAAACUGAUUGCAAUUUAUUAGAGACUCAAACAGACCCUCAUAAUCAAGACAUUGAAGUUAUUAACCUUGAAACAGAGGAUGACAAAGAUUCAUAACAUAUUAACCCUGACCUCAGAAUGAGCCAGUUCAAGUAAAAGUUGGAGGAUAAGAAUAAACCAUCAUCAUCAAUAAUGCAUCUAAUGAUAUGCUUCCCAUAGCUACAGUACGCAGGCAUCCACGUCUGCUACAACUAUGAUUCAACUUAUUUGACAUAUUAUAUUGUUCCACUGUAACAACAUUUUACAUCCUAGAAAAUAAUAGUAAAUGUAAAACAAUGUUUGUGGAGGAAAUAACUAUGUCAACUUGUGCUGGAAAAAUAUGACACAGAAUGUUGCUUCUGUUGUUUUGUUUAUUGAGAUUGAAAACAAAAAUAAAAUGAUAGAUAGUCAUGCCAAUCUAGGUAUAGAGAGUAUGGCUUUGAUGAUUCUGUACAGUUUUGCUGGAACCUGAUUUUCAUGCUUCAAUGUUUAGUCUUUUUGUAUAUUGCUAAAUGCAAACCAAGUAGAAUUGAUGUGUAGAAUCAUUAAGAAAUCAUUGUGAAAAAACUUGGUGUAAAAUAUGACACAAGAAAGCAGACUCCUUUUUUUACUAUGUGUAUGUUUAAAACAAUUUCUAGUUACUCCAGUGUUGAAUCAUAUCUUCACUCAUUAGAAAAAGAAUGAAUAGAUGGAAUUCUGUCAGUGAAAAUAAAAUGAAAUGUGAAAACUAA